AAUGGAUGAAAGACUUGCUUCAAGCUUGUUUACCCAGUAAAUGCAUCCCUUGGGAGCUGUGAAGAAAAAAAUACUCUUCUGGGACCUGAUUUCCUGAUGUUUUUCUUUGGCCUAUGCGUUCAAGACAGACUGAAGAGCACUGCUGAUAGAACACAAGCAAAAUGGAUGAACCGUCCACCUAAUGUGCAACUCCACUUCCUGGAAUGCUAAGUGGAAAAGAGCCGCUCUUCCAGCAUGAAAUCCAGUACAUACCAAUAAUCUGAAUGCUUAAUUAAACUACAAUGAGAAGACAGUACCUGCAAAAUAAAAGAUGAGCCCGCUUGAUGCAACAAAAUCAGGAUUUUUAGUGUGCAUUGCUGUCUGUAUGUUCAUCUACACUUUCAUCUACCUGAAGAAUACACUUUCUGAAGAGCCAAAUGAACAAAAAUUUAAUGCAAAUAUAGAAGAGUGUGGAUUUUACCCAGAUGAACUUUGUUCAGCUCUUUUUCUGGGGAAAACUGCUGCCUUUAAGAUUGGAAACCUUUGUCAGACUACCUACCAACCUAAAACACUCAGCUGCCUUCAGACUUCAUGCAACUGCUCCACGGUUUUGAAGACACUGCAUUUUAUCACAAGGCCACUGUCAGAUGAAGAAGGAAAUUUCUCAUUGGCAUACAUUAUCACAAUUCACAAGGAGCUGGAAAUGUUUGUAAAGCUGCUAAGAGCUAUUUAUAUGCCUCAGAAUAUUUACUGUAUACAUGUUGAUGAAAAGUCACCAAAAGAUUAUAAAGCUGCUGUACAAAACAUCGUUAAUUGCUUUGAAAAUAUUUUUAUUUCCUCAAAGAGAGAAAAUGUUGUUUAUGCAGGAUUUUCAAGAUUACAAGCUGAUAUUAAUUGCAUGAGAGAUCUAGUUCAUUCCAAAAUUCAGUGGAAUUAUGUUAUUAAUCUAUGUGGUCAAGAUUAUCCCAUUAAAACAAACAGAGACAUUAUACAAUACAUCAAAAGUAAAUGGAAUGGUAAAAAUAUGACUCCUGGGGUAGUCCAACCUCUUCAUAUGAAACACAGGACACAAGUUAGUUACAGAGAGUAUGUACACUCUGGAAUGUCAUACGUGUAUCCAACAAAGAAUAUAAAAGCUAAACCUCCGUAUAAUUUGACAAUAUAUUUUGGUAGUGCCUAUUACAUACUCACUAAAGAAUUUGUUGAGUUUACACUGACUGAUGCACGUGCAAAAGACUUGCUUGAAUGGUCGAGAGACACGUACAGUCCAGAUGAACACUACUGGGUCACACUGAAUCGUUUAAAGGAUGCUCCAGGGGCUACACCAAAUGCAGACUGGGAAGGAAACAUACGAGCCAUUAAAUGGAAAGAUCAAGAAGGAACCAUACACAAAGGCUGCAAAGGUCAUUACGUCAGAGACAUUUGUGUCUACGGACUAGGGGAUUUGCAGUGGAUUAUUGAGUCGCCCCAUUUGUUUGCCAACAAGUUUGAGCCUGCAACAUAUCCACUUGUUACGGACUGCCUAGAGAGACGCUACAGGCUUAAAGUACUGCACCAAGCAGAAGUUCCCAUUGAAGAUCACUGGCGUUUUCAGGAAGAGAACUAUUUCAACAUGAAGCUCAAUGUUUGA